AUGGUGGUGGUGGUGGUGGUGGUGUGGGUGGUGGUGGUGGGGUAUGGAAUUGGUAUUGAUGGUGGUGGUAUGGGUGGUAGUGAUGGUAUGGGCGGUGGUGGUGGUGGUAUGGGUGGUGGUGGUGGUGGUAUGGUGUGGUGGUGGGGUAUGGAGGUGGUAGUGGUAGUGGUAUGGGCGGUGGUGGUGGUGAGUGGUAUGGGUGGUGGUUGUGGUGGUGUGGGUGGUGAUGGUGGUGUAGUUGGUGGUGGUGGUAUGGGUGGUGGUGGUGGUGGUGGUGUGGGUGGUGGUGGUAUGGGUGUUGAUACAGGUAUGGAGUUGGUGAUGGUGGUGGUGAGUUGA